CUCUGACAUGUCCAAAAUCUCAAACUGCCAGAACUCCGAGCCAACGAUGGGGAAGCGCGGGAGCAAGUCGCGCCGGUCUGGGUCUGCUGUGGACCAGUUGCAGGCUGCACUGACGCGCUCGUUGAAGGAGAGCGUAGCGGAGACAGUGAGCUCCGUCUGUGAGAGCUUUCAGCACGCGGUGGAGGCGCAGACGACGUCGACAGCGUCCACCGAAGAAAGUGGAGGAUAUGAUCAGUACUACAACACAUGCCGCCGCCUGGUGGACUACAUCAAGCAGCACAUGGAGGCGUCUCCGGGCUUUGAAGAUCAGAUGGAUCGCAUCAUCCUGGCCUGCCACAGCGGCGCCACGGAGCGCGUGCUCAACUCUGUGGUGACCAAGGAGCUGUGGAUUCGUCGACGCGGAGACGCCCCGCCUACGCAGCGCGAGACACGCAGCAGCAGCAGCAGCGGCCGCUCGAUGCCUAAGAAGAAGGUGAAGAGGGCGGCUUCUAUUGCCAGGAUGUCUACCCGAGCGUCCACUGAAUCUCCCGCCAUGCACACAAGAAGUGCGUCGGGUAGUAAGAGGUCCACGAGAGGCAGUUCUCUCGAUGCGCAACCAGUGAAGAGACCGCGCAGAGCAGCGAGAAAGGUGAUUCAGGAAAGUUCGGAUGAGGAAAAGGAAGAAGAAGAGGAAGAGGAGGAGCCAGUGGCGCGUAAGAGUAAGAAGCAGCAGCAAGAGGAGGAGGAAGAUGAUGACGCGCUGUUGUCAUUCAAAGACGCUAUUGGCGAGCUGUGCUAUCCGGACCGACGCACUCCCUCUGAGACCAAAUUCUUUAAGGAACGCCUGCGCAAGUCGAUCCAGUUCGUGGAUGCUCUUCUGUGUAAUCCCCCGCCUGGCAAAGUGUGCGGACGUGGGUGCAAGAAGAUCCGCGCGCAGAUGUGUAGCAGCUCGACGCCCUGCAAGAACAAGAUGUGUCGUAUCUGGCACGACGUGGAGGCGCACACGGACCGCUGCCAGAACCAACAGUGCGAGUUUAAGAACCGGAUUCUGCUUCGAGAGACGAUGCACAAGUUGGAGAUAAAGGAGCAGCAGAUCGCGGAGACCAAGGCGAAGCUGGAACGCAAGCAAAACCAACUGAAACAAGCUGACGACGACGAUAAAGAAGCCCUGGAGAACAAUAUUGCCAAAUUGGAACAAAAUCUUGAAGAGUGUGGCAGCGAGCUUGGAGUUCUGGAGGCGACCAAGAAAACUUUCUGGGUAUCUUUGAAUGAAAUUGGGAUCCAAGCGAGCGAUGACGUUACCGAUAACUUCCCUGACUUUGCAACGCACUAUGAGGAGAAGAAGGCGCCGCGCAAGGCUCGAAAGGCCGUGUCCGUUGCCUCUACUCACCUUUCGUCCGCAUCGAGUCGAAGCUCGCGUGCUGCUGCUCGACCAGGCAGUGUUGGCCCACAUGGGGGCGAUGAUGAGGAUGAUGAUGAAGCUGACGACGCUGAUGAGAGUGUUAGUGAUCACACAGCGCGCAGAAGCUCGUCAAGCGGACGUCGCAGCCCCGCACCACACCAUGAGAGCGACGAGGAGACUAAGGGUGGUGUGGAAGAAACGAAGCACGAUGACACCUAUCUCCCUGCUCCGAGCGAUUUCCCUCAACUAGAUGAGCCGCCACUUCCGCCUGCUGGACCUCCUCCAUUCCGACAAAACCCUGAAUUGGACCGGGAGUAUUCUGUGCAUGCUUCAGGCUACUCUAUUCACCCUCCGGCUGACGAUCUCGAGGCUCCAGCAGUCGCUACGAGCAUUGAAACAACGAAGGAAAUUGAGCCUCCUAGUGAACAUGGGCUUACUGAGGAGCAGCUGGCUGAUAUGCAGCGAGAGAGCGACGAGAUUUCAGGCAUCAUAGCGGGCAUGACAGCCAACCCUCCUCCAUUGCCGCCUUCUGUGGAACUCAUCAACACGACUGGGUUUACCAUUCGCGGCAACCAGCCACAGAACCCGUAAGCGACCCGUCAAGAACUCCGUCUGUCGUCGCAGACUCAUCACUAGGCUUACUGGUCCUGCAUGAGGCAGCCACAAGCUCAGGUUUGCAAGCGUCCAAGUUUUGUUUUGCAUUGCAAGAGAGCGGCAAUGUCGUGGAAAUGGGUGGAGAAGAAAUCAACAGCUGAAGUAUCGACAGCUCUCUCAGCAAUGAAUGAUACUUUGUGUAUCAAAUUGAUAACUCAGUGUGCGUGAGUGCCUCUGAUAAUCGGAAUCCGAUUUCCCAUUUACUGACUGUUAUGACGAGCGUUUUGGAGUUUUUUUGUAACGCAGUAGUCGACAAAUUUGAGGGCUUAUUAUUAGAGAUGUUGCUUCUCGUUUUUACUGUGACCAGGCAUUUAUCACAGGAAGAGGGGUGGAGUCUUGACAAUGGCAGGGAUCGAGAGGGAUGGAUCAUCACAUCGAGUUAACCUUGCGCGAAUCGGUGAAGAUGGCAAUAAGCUGGAUGCUGGAGCCUUAGGUUUCGAAGAAGAUUAUCCGUCAAAACUUAUUGAUCCGCUUGUAGGAAUGCACAAAGAUCUUGAUGACGGAGUCUUAUCGAAG